UCAUGUAAGAAUCGGGACUAAAAGGUUAGGGCUUUAGUAACGACCCUUUAGUCCCGGUUCGAAAACCGGGACAAAAGGCCCUUAUCAACCGGGGUAAAAGCCCCUUUUCCUACUAGUAUACUUAGGUGCUCUGCAGAAACUCCUUCAAAUUCUUCAGUUGGGGACCCAAAGAAAACGAUCCACAUCUCCACCCCGACCUCGUCCCCGUCCUCCGUGGGCUUUCAGUUCGACGCAGACGGCGUCGUGGGGUGGGAGCAGCGCGAGCAUGAGCUGAGGUUGGAUCUUCGGGGGGCUGGGAUGGACGGAUCGAAGCGAGGAGGGUCCUUACCGGGAUCUCGCACGGUGCCGCGGACCAUUCAGUGGCCCUUGGAGAGGAGGAGCUUGAUGAGCCACGAGGCGAUGAAGCCUCCUGCGCUGGUCACGCACACGCUCUUCCUAGCCGCCGCCUCAUGUGCUGGUAAAAAAAUCGUUGGAUCAUGCGUUGCCUCCGUAUGAGUUUUGCGCGUCUGCGCAUGCUACCUGACACGACGCAUAUUUUCUGGUUGACGCGCGCAUUAAUCGGCCGGCGAUACAUUGAUCCUACGUUGACGUAUGCAUGCAUGCAAUGUGCUCGACGCGCUCGCCAGACGGGGCAGCUCUCGGCUCAGCGUACCAGAUUUUUUUUCGAGCGCCAAAGGUGUACCGUGUUUUUAUAGAAGAAAGAAAUAAAUUUUACAAGAGACGUAACGGAUGUGAAUAUCGUCACGGUUACACCAACUCCAACUGAGGAAAAAAAACAGUUUCCAUAACUUGAUCUCAAAGAUUUGAUGCACUAGAUUAGCCGGUGCUCUGAUUUGGUCUACCCGAUUGAAAACCCUCGCAUUCCUUUGCUUUCAUAGCUACCAAGCUGUCACAAUGACAAAGGAGUCGAAACCUCUCUUGUCCAACCCUGUAAAGUAUCCCGAACCCUUCCCCACCACUCCAUGAAGGAAUCACCAUGGCUCGGGAUGUGUAUGUUGACUUGCAAAUACUCAAAACAUCCGUGCCACACUUGCCUCGCAAAGACACAUUAUGCCAAGAUGCGAUCCACGUUAUCCUCCUCUUGGCAACACGUGUAGCAUGCCAAAGGAGCGUCCUGCAGCCCGUGCCGCGCCCUCCGAUCGGACGUCCAUAGCCGGUUUUGCGAAGCCAGCCAAGCGAAAAUUUUGCACUUGAGGGGCGCCUAGCUACGCCAGAUGCGUUUGGCUGUGGCAGAACGUGUCAAGCCCUGACACAGCCGACUUUAGGUGGACUUCAUGGUGUAAGUGUCUGAAGUGUCGCAAGGCCAAGUAAACUGAUCCUCCUCCGAGACAUUCCUGUCGACCGUUGCAAUCGCCUGCUGUAAUUACCGUCUGAAAAAACUUCUUCCAAGCUUGUUAGUGUUAGAUAUACCAAUUUGAGAGACAAUUUUUUUGGACGGAGGGAAUACUCCGUAAGACUCUGAGUCCACGCCGUUUCCAAACCGGUACGCACAGCUAGCAGCCGGUUUGCACCCGGACUCGGAGUCCACACCGUUUCCAAACCGGAUCCCUAUCCAACCGACCUCGUUCCAACAAAAAAUAACAAAUCCAACAGACCCGGGCGCCCGGCCGCAUCCAUAAAUAAUCUCCCCAGCCCCAGCUUUCACCUAAAACGAUCGAUCUACCGCCAGACUUCCUGCCGCCGCCGCCGAGAUGACGACCUCUGUAGUCCCCUUCAACCGGCUGGUGAGGCUAGCCGCGCGUGCGUUCUACGACGAUCUCCCCGCCGCCGGCGGCCAGCAGCACGCGCAGGGCACGGCCGUCGUCGUCCUCGACGCCCUCACCAGACGGGACGGGCAGUGGGUCCGCGAGGACGACCUCGCCGCGUCUCUAAGGCUGCAGCCCAAGCCGCUCCGCCGCGUGCUCCGCUACCUCGAGGAGGACAAGAUAGUGUCGAGGGACCACCGGAAGGAGCCGGCACCGGCCAAGCCAGCCGCCGGUGUCGCCGAGGAGGGCGACGAGAAGGAGAAGGUGAAGCUGCAUGUGAAGUCCUACUGCUGCCUGGACUACGCGCAGGCCUGCGACGCCGUCAGGUACCGGAUGCACCGCAUGAGGAAGAAGAUCAGGGACGAGCUGACGGCGGACAGCAGGGCCACGAUCCAGCACUACCUGUGCCCUGACUGCGGGAGGAGGUACUCGGCGCUCGACGCCCUCCGGCUCCUCGCCGAGGACUGCCAGAGCUUCCGCUGCGAGCACUGCAGCGGCGAGCUGGUCGUGGAGAAGGCUGCCACGAUCGCGACCGACGAGGCCGGGGACGGCGGCGAUGAUGGCAGCCGCGCACGGAAGCGUAGGCGGCUUGAGAAGCUGCAGGACAUGCAGCGGAGGAUGGAGGAGCAGCUGGAGCCGUUGCAGGCGCAGAUCCAGAGGGUGGAGGGCCUGCCUGCUCCAGAGUUCAUGAGCCUGCGGUCAUGGCAGAAGGAAAAUAAUGUCGCUGCAGCAGCUGCAGCUCCAUGUCACCGGGACCCGGAGGUUGAACUUGGAGUAUUAUUGCACGGUGCAGAUCAGUCUGGCACGGUCAGUGAUUCAGCACCGAAGGUCUUUCCUCCAUGGAUGGUAAAACUAGGCAUGGAUCAGACCGGUGGGAAAGCAAGAUCGGAAGGAAAGUCGGAAGGCGAGGAUGAUAAAAAGAUGAACUCGAAUGAAGAAGAAGAAAAGCAGCGUAUACUGCUGGAACAGGAAUACGCCAAGGCUUAUUAUGAAGCCCUUCUGAAGCAACAGCAGCUGGGCGCGAAUGUCAAACACGAGGACGAACAGCAGCUGGGCACAAAUAUCAAACACGAGGACGAACAACAGCUGGGCACAAAUAUCAAACACGAGGACGAUGAAGACGUGGAGGAAGAAGCUGGGAUUGAGUGGGAGGAUGGCGAUGCUGGGAUUGAGUGGGAAGAUGGCGAAAACUAAAAGACAGCGGCAACAUGACGAACAAAUUUGCUACUGUACGUU